UCCUUCGGGGCACUCUGAAUCGAAUCACAGACCACGAACCGCAGAUCGAUAUGCCUCCGGCGGCUGCGCACGGGGCCAAAAAGUGGAAGAGAGGAGGCCGGAUCGGAUCGGGGUCGCACUCGAGCGUGUUCAUGGCCACGAACACGGAGAAUGGGAAGAAAUUCGCCGUCAAGUCGGCGGACAAGUCGCAUCUGCAGGAGCGGCUGUGCCUCGAGGUCGAGCGCAAGCUGCUGAAGAUGUGCAAGUCGCCCUACGUGGUCAAGUACUUGGGCUGCGACACGACCGACCGCGUCAAGGAGCUGGACAAUCGGAACAGCUUCAACCUGCUGCUGGAGCUCGUGCCGCGCGGCUCCGUGCAGGACCACAUCCGGCGCUGCGACGGCCGCCUGCCGGAGCCCAUCGUCGCGGCCUACACUCGUGACAUCCUCCGCGGGCUGUCGUAUCUGCACUCGCGCGGCAUCGUCCACGGCGACGUCAAGGCCGGCAACUGCCUCAUCGGCCGCGACAACAUCAAACUCUGCGACCUCGGGUCUGGGAAGUUUCUCGCUGACGGCGAUCUGCCUCUGACGCCGACGAAAGGCGAGCACAUGAAGAAGCGCAUCUUCACCACGGGGACCGAUGGGUACAAGGCCCCCGAGGUGCGCGAGGAGACGGAGCAGGGCCCGCGGUCGGACAUCUACUCUUUGGGCUGUACCGUGAUCGAGAUGUGCACCGGGCGCCCACCCGGUUUCGUGCCUACGUCGUACGAGUUGUUGACCGAGUUCGUCCCCGAGACCGGCCUCCCGGCCAUGCUCAUCGACGUCCCGCAGACUUACUCGCAGGAGUGCCGUGACUUCGUCGACGAGUGCUUGCAACCGGACCCUGACCGACGGCCCGACGCCGACGAGCUUCUUAAGCACGUCUGGUUUUCCAGUCGCCCUUGUUCGUACCCCGUGGACAAACCGUCGGUUCCCCGGUCCGAUCAGCACCGUUCUCCUCAGCCCCGACCGCAACCUCCACCUCCCCCGCCCAGCCUUCUGGACAAGUGCGGCAACCUGCUCGGCUGCAAAUGCUGAUGACUCGCUGCGCUUUAUCGGCACUUUCCGGCUUUCCGUCUGUCCGUCCGUCCGACGCUCUAAGGGAACUACGUCCGCUUUUCAGUACGAGUAUUUCUCCUGUUGGUGAUGGUGGAACGGAAGUCGGCGAUUUUGACCAUUUUCCGAUUUGUUUGCAAUUUUGAAGAGUGCUGCAGUCUCGUCUGUCGACACCCUUCCCAUUCCCUUGACCACCUUGUAGGUUAGGAACCAUUACCUUUGCAUUUCCUUUGAUGGAGAUCUACUAACUCGGACCGGAGGAGUGCAUGCAUUUAUCAGCACAAUUUGUUUGAAUGUAGCUUUGUGAUCGUAUCCUUGCAGAGACGUCAUGUACUUGAUCACUGAUUAUCCCCUCUACUCCAGUAUGUGUCAAGCUUGCCUUCAAACGAAGAACAGAAAGCUUCAAAGAAUGUUUACUCUUUCAAACAACACGAUUCAUUGUUUUACGAACACUAUAAUAAAUCUAUUGAUGUGAACAUAAUUUAGUUGUUUUCAUCAUUUAGGCUCAAAGAAAUAAUUUUCCCUGAAUUUCAAAUUAUCACAAAAAAAUUUCC